GCAAAAAUUGUAGCAACUUGUUAUCUUUUUUCUAAGAAAUUUAUUGAAAAGUGACACUUCGAUGACAGUUAAACUGACAGCAUAGAGUGACAGCAAAAAACUUAUUGGCGUUUGUUUAUGUUUUGUGUACGGAAAAAAUCGGAAAAAAUUGUAUUUAUAUUAUUAUUUUUUGAAAGAGUUUUAAUUAAAUAAAUAAUGGCUACUUACAAUGCAAAACCUGAUCUAGGUGAUCAGAUGAAUGAUUAUGAUAGUGAUUCAAGCGAUACAGUGGAAAAAUUGAAGAAUUUCUCCGAUAAUUUCGUAUUUUCUAAUCUAUCCACUUGCUGGGUUUGCAAUGGAUACUACGGUCCGUGCUUUGGUCAACCUGUCUGUGGCACAUGCCAUGCAUUUCUCUUUCCUGCUGUAACAGACGAAGAGGCUGUUGUGACACAACUCUCAGACGACGAAGACUCCGGGAAUGAUGAGCCUCCGCAGAAUAGUGCAGAGCAAAAUAGCGAAAGAGUCGAAGAGGAGGAUGAUGGAGAAGUGGAGGAUGAGGACGAUGAUGAAGAUGCGGAUACGGAAGAGGAAGAAGACGGAGUAGAUCAUAUGGAAAUUGCUUUUGACAGGCCCCGACCGAAUCCACCGAGGAAUCUCAAUCAUUUUCUAGAACAACUAUCAGCCCCAAGAAUUGCUGAUAGAAAUGCCAGUCGGAUUGAGGUGUUCCCUGUUGAGGUGCUCUUGAAGAUCUUCUCCUACCUGGACGACAUAUCACUGUGGAAUGCCAGUGAGGUGUGUGAACAGUGGAGACGAAUCCUCCAGAUGCACACGAGUCAGACAAUGUGGAAGAAGUACACGCGCGAGCGGUGGCCCCUUUUUCAGCAAAUAGCAACCAUUCCCAAUUGGUUCGACAUGUAUUCCGCCCUCAUGGCAUCCUGCUUCUGUCGCACCUGCCUCAUACAGAUGUCCCUGAAGACCCCGCAGCGUGGUCUGCAGGAUGAAGCAUCACGUAGCUUCAAGAUGAAGCUACUGCGCUCUGAGGUGAUGUGCCUGAAAACGGGUGCUGCCGAGGGAAUCGAUGCUGUACCGCUGGACAAUCAGCUAUCGCAUUGGCAGGGAUCCAUCUUGGGUCCCCCAGGAAGUCCCUACGAAGGUGGAAAGUUCUUCCUCUACAUUGUCAUCCCGCAAUCAUACCCCAUGCUUCCGCCAACUGUGAGAUUCCUCACAAAAAUUGUCCAUCCCAAUGUCUCAAGGCAUGGGGAUGUUGGCAUUGACAUAAUCCAGCACAACUGGUCGCUAGCUCUAACCAUCUCUAAGAUACUCCUUUCGGUACAGAGUCUCCUCACGGAUCCUUUCACAGAAAUUUGCAUGGAACCCGCCCUGGGGCGCCUUUACGAUGCAGACAGAUCAAAAUUUGAGGCUCUAGCUAGGAAUUGGACGUGGAAAUAUGCAAUGCACGAAGUUAUUCCGCCACUUCCGCUUUCGUAAUUUUAUUUUUAGAUUUUUUUUGUCUUCAAAAUAAAAAAAAUGAUUUAAUUUAUUU